AUGCUAGCGUUUCUUCCGACGUUAGCAGCGUCCGAUUCGCGGCAGAAUGUAGUCACCUCUGCGCUUAUUGCGCUACUACUGGGGGCGUCCACGUAUGCGACGCUGAGCCACAUCGAACGAUCGAGAGCGAAACAUCAGCCCCACAAGGAAGGGCUCUCGGUGCCGAGACCGAGCACCACGCUGCCGAUUAUGGGCAACACACUGGACUUCGUCAAGAACAACGACGUGUUUCACGACUGUGUGUCGAGUCUGGUACAGGAAUUCAAUGGGGAGCCAUUCCUGCUGAGCGCUCCAGGACGUCCCGAUAUCCUCGUGGUCUGGACGCCCGAAGCGUUCGAGGGUGUGGCCAAGCGGCAGUUUGACACAUUCGUCAAGGGCGAUGUGCGAGCGUUGCGUGAGUCCAUAACCUCGACGAUCCAGAAGCACGACCGCACCUUGCACACGCUGUUUGAGAACGCUGCUGUAUCUGGUGAGAGCUUCGACCUUUUCCGCCUUCUGAGCCGAUUCGCGAUGGAAUCAUUUGCCGAGAUCGGGUUUGGCAUCCAGAUGGGCUCCCUUGCCAUCGGGGAGGACCAUCCCUUUGAGAAGGCCUUCGAUAUCACCGAAGAAGCGACGGCGAAGCGAUUCUCGGAAACGGGAUACUUCCCGACCAUGGACGAAGUGCAAUCGCUCACGUACAUCGAAGCCGCGAUCAAGGAGACGCUGCGACUAUAUCCUCCUGCAUCAACCGCAGCGCGGACACCUUCCUCUCCGACGUACAAGCCCGAGCGCUUCCUGGACCCGGGCACCGGCAAGUUGCUGUCCGUGUCGGCGUUCAAGUUCCCCGCGUUCUUCGCCGGUCCGCGCAUUUGUGUCGGCAUGAACCUGGCCAUGCUCGAGAUGAAGAUCGUGCUUACAGGCCGCGUCACCGUUCAGCCUGGCCAGGAGGUCACGUACGUUCGAUCUCUCGCGCUGCUGAUGAACCCUUUCAUGGUGAAGAUUGAGAAGGUCUCGCCGUCCGUUGUCCCAAUUGCCUAG